AUAGAUGAAUUAUUGUUGUAGUAAGAAUAAAUUGGGAUGAUUGAGAUCAUUUAAUAAGAUUUGACUGUAGAUUAAGCAGAAUCUCAUCUUUUUGAGACCAUAAUAAGAGUAUUCGUUACGUUUAAUGCUUCUUAACAAUUUUUGAAUUGAGGUUAUAAAAAGAAAUGAGUUUUAAUUUGUUGAAAGUUGAAAUAAUAUACAUAAGUAUAAUAACAGAAACAAGUAAUGAAUCAAGAAUCUGACGGUGAAACUGUCUUAGAAAUGGAUAUUGACAAUAGUUUAGAUGGAAAUGAAGAUAAUACUGUAACAAACGAUGUAGUACAAAUUGAUAGUUUAUUAGCGAAUCCUUUAGUACGAACUGAAAACAUUCAGAUCCUCACUGACAAUAAUGAAGUAUCAAAUGAAAUUCAGGUAGAAGAAACUGAAAUUGUGCAUCCAAAUAAUGAAAUAAGUGGAGGACAAAAUGAACCUGCUUUACAUCUUAGUCAAAGUAAACGACAAACUUUAGAGAUAUGUUCAAGAUGUAAAAAGACACUAGGAAAUGCUGAUAAUGAUGAUGACUCUCCCAGAAAGAAGAUUAAAGUUAUGGAAAAUGAUGAAGGAAUAAGUUGUAGUAUUUGUUUAGAAGAUUGGACCAAUGUUGGAGAUCACAGAGUAUGCUCUUUAAAAUGUGGUCAUUUGUUUGGAUUUUCCUGCGUUAAACGCUGGAUAACUGAAUCCAGUAGAAGUUGUCCUACAUGUAAAAAAAAAUGUACUUUACGUGAAAUUAGACACAUUUAUGCUACCAAAUUAAUUGCAAUGGAUGCUAUAGAAUUUAGCAAACUACAAACAAGCUUUGAUAAAGUGAGCAAGGAAAAAAACAUUUUAGAGCAAAAAUUGGCACAAUCUACCCUUAAAAAUCAGAAAAUGACAGAAGAGGUUGAAAAAAUGAAACUAGAAAUAUCUCUAUUGCAGAAAGCAUUGGAAACUCAAAAACAUGUUAGAUUAUCAGAAAUUAAUCCAAAUGAUAAUAAUUCUGGAAAGAUCAGAGCACACAUAGAAAAGGUAUUGGAAGUCAAUAAAGAUGGUGGUUGUAGAGUAUUAGAUUGCCAGAGUAAUAUUGACUUACUCAUUACUUCAACUAAAUCAAAUAAUCCGUUAUUUAACGGCUAUGGGGUCAAAAAGAUAGCCAUUUCGAACUAUAAGACUACUGCAUUCAUUCCUUUACACUCAAUGACCAUCAGAGAUAUCAGUUUUCAACCCCAAACUAGAAAUUUCAUCACCGUCAGUUUAGACAAAACUUUUAAAUUAACAGAUAGUAACAACAAUUUUGUGAUAUUUUCCAAAACCGCCCUAUCUGCGUUAUGGUCAUGUUGUUGGGACUUGGAAAACCCCUUCAUGUUUUACGUUGGCGAACAGCAAGGUUCGUGCUUACAGUACGACAUUCGAAACGUUUCGCAAAGUCUAAAUACAUACAGCCAAAGUGGGGACAUGUCACCUGUGGUAUCCUUGGCGUCUAUUCCUCCCUGUCGCGUACCAUUAUCCCAGGGUGGGCUUAUGUGUUGUAAACUUAACGGUCUCUAUGUAUACACGAACCGAGGAGAAGAACUUGAGUCCCACUGGAUACCUUACACGGGACCGUUUGUUAGUAUGCGAUUAGAUGUAGAAACGGAUCAGUUUCUUGUCUCAACUCGAUCCAGUUCCUCCAAUCCCUAUUCUAGACACUCUAUAUUACAUUUAGAUAAAGAUCCUGAUACCGAAAAGAUUACUGGUAACGCCGUGUUUUGCUUCAAAGGCGGUUCGAUGCAGAGGAUGCUGUCUAGAUCAGCAAUUAUUUCAGGAGAAGACGACAAAUAUGUCGCAGCUUAUGAGGAAUCGUACAAAAGUCUCCUGCUGUGGAGUAUUUCUACGGGUCAACAGGUGGGUUCUAUACCUGCCCAUGAACCAAUAUUAGACUUAUGUGGUUUUACAAUUAAUAAACAACCUUUUCUGGCUACAUUAUCUGAAAAGAAAUUAAUGUUUUUUAAAUAUUCCUGAUAUUUGCACUGAAUCCUUUUGUUGGGUAAUCUUUAUGAAAAUAAACAAAGUAAACACUUUCAGUUUAAUUUCCUGUAAAAAUAACUUAUGUACUUUUUUUUUGUGUCAUUGCAAAUAUUUUUGACAUUUUUU